CGCAAGAUUAUCCAUUCCAUCCUGAGCAAAAUAUCCACGGAUAAACCUUCAGACGUUGUUCUGGAAAUGCAGAGCAAAAAAGAACCUUUUCAAUUCUUCAUUGUGUCCCAGUUGCUAAAAAAGGUGUUUAUUUGAUCAUUUCUUUGUAUUAUGUGCGCCCCCCCCCCACAAUUUUUUGACCGCCCCCACCCCUAAAAUACAAUUAUUUUAGUAAAAUUUCCUAAAGUACCAAUUAAGCUAGCAUACAUCACCAAUUUAACAUAGUUUGUACUUGCACAAACAAUUGUCGAGAUACGGUUAUAUAUUAUAUUAAGAUCAAAUAUAAAUAAUGUUAAUUUCAUUAACUGGAGCAUGUUCCUAAGGUGGAGAUAUCUGCAUGAAAAUCUAGGACUAAAUAUUAUUUAUCAAGUAGCAGCCUGUUUCAGAAUCUGUUUUAAUUUUUAAUAGUUUAUGAACUGCCUAUGCCUUGGAAAUUGAUAUCAUUGCUCAUAGUAGAAAAGUCCAUUAGGUCAUUGCAUCGCUAAUAGUAUAAUCAUGAAAUAGGUCAAAGCAUUGCUCGUACUAGAAUCAUCCAUUAGGUCAUUGCAGUGCUCAAAAUAGAAUCAUCAAAAAAGGGUAUUGUAUUGAUCAUAGCAAAAUCAUCCAAAAGGUCAAUAUUUAUUAAUUCAAUUUAUAUUGAUGGUGAGAGGGAUAUGGCCUAUAGCUAUAAAAUAAAUAGCAAAAACGGAACUAGACUUAUUUAGCGAAAUAAUGAUUUUGAAGAUACCCACUUUUUUUAAAAUUAGCUUUGCGCUUUGGCGCAAAACGUUAAGGUAGAUCGCUUGUUUUUUUCCUUUUUCUGUGGAUAAAACUUACCUGAAGCGCUUUCUCAGACUAAAGUUUCAGUUUUUGUUGCAUUUGUAGACUUCAGCUGUAGAACAUCUGUACACUUUAUGAUUUCUAGACAUUUCGGCUUUUGUAAGCAUCCUAUUUAAUUGUAUUAUUUUUUUGUGGUCACCUCAUGUCGUGCGUUCGGUUGUCGGUGGGUUCAGUGGUCAGUGUGGUCACUUGUCCGCGUGGUCACUUGCCUGUGGGUUCACUUCUCCGUGGGUUCACUUGUCAUGGGUCCGGUCGUCUUGUGGUCAGUUGUCGUGGGUUCACCUGUCGUGCGUUCAGUUGUCUGGGAACCUGCAAAAACAACUCAAUGUAUCAAAACAGCAAUAAAACAGCCAAGGAGUUGAUUGAAUUUUAUGAGAGAACAGCGUGGGGCUAAGCUUUGGAACUUUGCUUUUUUUUUUUUUAAUUUUUUAUUUUCAAUCAUUUUUUAGCUGAAUUCCAUUGUAGUCAUUGCUAGCAAAUGCUGCGCCCCGAGGUAGCUUGAAUUUAGGUGUAUUCUUCCACAGAAUGUAUAAAGUAAUGCGGUAAACAUAUUUUGGAGGAAAAGUGGCGACUUUGCCGCGCACCAUAAAGGUGGCACCAGGGGCGCUCCCCCACUGGGAGACUGACUGUACAUACCAGAUGUUUUUGCAGCUUCUUAGCUUCUAAAGUCCCAUUAGAUUGUUGGAGGCCCCUAAGGCUUCCGUUUUUUAUUUAGCCCAGUGGUCGGCAAACUGUGGCUCUCGAGCCGCAUGCGGCAUCUUAGCAACCUUAGUGCAGCUCGGCUAGUCGGCCACAAAUCGAUUUGGACUCCGAAAAACAUUUUUUCUUGAAAAAAAAAUUAGAUCUCAAACAUUUUUUAAUCGUGCUGCUGCUGAUUUUUUGGCUAUUUUGACUAAUGAGUUUGCCGACCACUGACUUAGCCUAUAGGAAAUUAAGGAACUGCAUGCAUCUCAGAGUUAAGGGGUUUUCCUGUCCAACUCUGUCUACUUGCCCUUUCAAAAUAGACAUCGUGGUUAAAUAUCUUGUGUUCCAAUGCAAAAAAAGAAAUAUCUUAACAUCGAUAGGCCAGUGCAGUCUACAUUCUCAUAAACUUGUUUAGUGUCCCCGUCAAAGGUCAGUUACCUGUUUGUUUGCCAGAUAUGCCCUUUAUGAACUCCUUGUGGCAUCCGUGCAGUAUCAAUUUGUCAUGCCACUAAUGAACUUUCACUUCAUUUUUACAUCAUCUUGAGGAUUCAAAACUUCAGUUUACCUGAUACACAAUUCAAAUUAUUCUAAACUUAGAUUAAUAACUUGUUUUAACAAACAAACAAACAAACAAACAAACAAUAGUAUUAGAAACGCUUCCAUUUUGCAAGUAAACAUUUCUCAUAAGUUAAUUAACAUUAUUUUUCCUUACUUACAGAUUUUCUCCGAAAGAGAUUUGCAAUCACUAGAGAUUUUAAAGGCAUACUUUGCUAAGCCAAAGGGCAACAAGCUCUUCCGGCGACCAACUAUCUACACGGCUCCCUCCUGUUACCCCAUGAUAUUACGACAACUGACGCAUGUGCUCAACAGUCUAUCAAGCAAGUGCUUUAAAUUUUAUCUUAGUUGACCGAAAAAAAAACCGUUAUGAAAAUUUAAAUGACCAGACCUUAACAACUUUAAAAUUAUAUUGUUUUAGCGAUGCCGAUGCCCAGAAGGUUUGCCUGUGCUGAGUUGACAUUAAUCAUUUUAACAUCUUUUCAAUUGUGUUUUUAUAAGUUAGAAUCUUAAGUGUCUUAGUCGGGCCCGUAAACGGGACUCGACGGCUUUGUAUCAAAAGUUGGUCAAAGGUUGCUCCGAAUGUUCACUUUUGCAUAACACAACCAACUUCUUUAAAAUGUUGGAAAAGUUAACUUAAAUAAAUGUACUUCUAUCGCAAAGCAGAGGCAAAAAGUCAGGGGGGUGUCAGUGCCUUCCUGACUCCCCUCCCCCCAAUCCACUGACCUGCACCGAGUAAUUUUCACGCGAUCACACAGAAUCGCUUUUAGUUUUGUUUGGAGAUUACGUCAUAAAGCAACAAAAUACAUCAGGAGAAAACAGAUCUUGCUUGAGACGAACGAUUAAAGAUUACAACAACAAACAUUACAUUCCAUUUCGCCUUUUACACUUUACUUUCUUUGCCUUCCAAGAAGCAAUUCUAUAAAUCACUUCAUCGAAAUCAAUAUUCUACACCGUAACGCUUUCAAUUGACAAAUUUCUUAAUAGAUUGCAAGUAAUUGUGUGUUUUUUGUAUGUGUUUUUUGAAAAACUCGUCUCACAUGAAGCUACAGGCACACAGAUCAUGAAAUAAUUGAAGUGCUAAUGAAACGAUUGGUAGAGAUUCUAAGAAUGGGGGUGGGAAAUCUUAUUGCUGACCCUUAAGUCGUGUGUAAAAUGAUUCUCUUAAGCGUGGUCAAUUUUCACUGCUUCAGCAGUUGACAUGUUGACAGCUGUAUGGAUCUGGUUGACCAGUAAAUUCACUGUCAUGUUCACCAGCCUGAGCUGCAUUCGCCCAAACAAAGUCUAUGGCGAAUAUCUUUUCAAUCUGAACAGCAGCAUUGCGUCUGUUCGCCUAUUGUUUAAAGACGUAUGUGCAAUUUCGAACCGGAUAAAGGUUGGACAACGCUGGACGCAGCCAGACAUGUGAGACAGGAUGAUGUGUUGUAGAAAUUUCUUCGCUAUAGUGUUCGAGGAUCCAGUUUCUCUUAUAGGAAUGUGUGGUUCUACGAAGAUAGUCAAAUUCACUAAUUGCUGGUUGAUCAGACUUUCACUUUCAAUGACUGAGUACACCUUUAAGCAAGAUAAUUGCUUGAUGGCUUCUCAAGUUUUAUUCUCUCUGGGAAAUUUUCUUCCACCUUUUGUCAAACACGGUCGACAUUUACAUUCAUUCACAUAAGAGCAAAACAUAUUGCUCAUCUAUAAAUUAUUUUUUUUUCCUUCACUGUCAGAUUCAUUUCCAGUAAAAACAGCCCAACAUAUAAUCCUUUUAAAUUCUAGCGUCACGUGGAAGCUGGAGCAGCAAUGCACCAUUGCCACUGGCUAGCAAGUGUAAGCCUUCAAGAUUUUGGAGUUUCAGUACUGUUACUUUUGGCACAUAUUAUAUUUCAUGAUUUGUGUAUAGUGAGGCAAUUUUCAAUUUUUUCAUUCAGACCAGCUGUUUUUUUUUCUCUUCUUUUUUAAAAUUUAGCCUCUCUAUUUUAGUAAGUUCCAUUCAUCUAUGAAUUUCAAAACUUCAAUUACUGACCAGACUUUAGCUUCGUCGAGAUUAUCGUCCGCUACCUUCUAGAGCCUUUCAAGCCUGAAACCUUGGUAUUUCCAUCAAAAGUAGAUUUUCAGAUGGCUUAUCAUGGCAAGCUGUCAGUUGUGGAAUGAACACCAGUAAUUCUUCUUCAGUCACCUAACGUACUCUUGAAUAGCUUGAAAAAUCUUUUAAGCAAUGCUACUGAUCCUUAAAAAAAAACACAGUAGAUGCUCUGAAGUCACCCUUUUCUAUGGACAGUCUGUCAGGUGGCCCUCUUUUCUAUGGACAGUCUGUCUGGUGGCACCCUGUUCUAUGGACAGUCUCUCUGGGGGCACCCUGUUCUAUGGACACUCUGCAUUGUGGCAUCUUGAUCUUGUAUUUAUUAACUGAGGUUUGUUGUGAAGCUGACUCAUCGUUACAAUUUUCCAUUUGGUGUCACCUCAGGGGUCAAGUCCCCCAAGAUUCCGUUCCCAUGCGUUCCUGUAUGAUCGAACCUUGGUGACUUUGCAGUCAUCUCCAAGUAUUGAAGUCGUAGCAGUUAUUUCCCAGAACAUAACAUAUGUAUUAAAUUCGUCUUAGGCCUACACCUGCACACAUCUAGGCAUACAGACACACCUUCAAAUGCAAUAUUUGAGACAUACACGUGCACAUAGCUAGACCUAGGCCUACACUUGCACAUAUCUAGACCUUGUCCUAAAAAUAUUUGAGCUAACCUUUUAUUGAAUAUUGUAAAAUCUGCCAAUGAGUUACUUUAAUGUGACCUUAAUAAAACAAUUAAAAGAGACUGUGCUGACAGGGACUUAACUGUAACCGGACUUUGUAAUGACAAAAGACUGUACCGACAUGGUAUCAACUAUAAACAGACUUUGUAAUAACAGGAGAGUGUCUCGACAGGGCAUUAACUGUAGAUCUACUUUGUAUUCAUAGGAGACUGUGCCUACAGGGAUUUACCAAGACUCUGUGAAGAUGUUAAGAUGGUCAUAAUUUCAUGCAAGAAGAAAGAUCCGAAAACAUUUGAAGAC